CUGGUGUGCCACAUCUGCCUGCAGCCCCUAAUCAAACCGAUGGAUACUCCCUGUGGCCACACUUACUGCUUUCAUUGCCUCAGUAACUUCCUGAAAGAGCAGGACUUCUGCCCCGUGGAUCGCCAGCGACUGCAGCUGCAUCAGUGCAGGCCCUCCAGCCUGCUGGUGAGGAACCUGCUGGACAAGCUCACUGUGAUGUGCCCCCAUUCUGCAGAGUGCCAGCAGAAGAUGCAGCGAUGUGAACUGCACCCUCACCUGCACAACAGAUGUUCUGUUUUUAGACGCCUGAGGGAGGAAGCAGAGAAGAGGAAGAGGCCCUCUUGGCAUGAACUGAAAGGACGUAAGGGUGAUGGGGAGACUUCUGGAGAUGCUAAACAGUCGGUGACGCUGUCUCGAAAUCCCCACCGGGAUCCGUCUGAGCCUGGUCUGAUUAAUCCCGCUUAUGAGGAAAUGGAUGAUGACAACACUCCUCUGCGGUCCAGUCUGGUGGCCGAGGCCAACGUGGUGGAGCUGUUCCGAGACGAACCCGAGGAGGAGCUGGGCCUUCGCAUCGUUGGGGGAAAGGACACACCGCUGGGAAACAUCGUCAUCCAGGAGAUUAUCCGGGACUCGAUAGCGUCUCGUGAUGGAAGACUGGCCCCAGGGGAUCAUAUCUUAGAGGUGAAUGACGUCGGUUUGGCGUCGGUCCCUCACUCCCGAGCCAUCGCGGUGUUGCAGCAGGCGUCCCUCCUCAGGCUAACUGUCAUGCAGGAGAAAGGUUUCAAGAUAAGAGAUCAACGCUCCGACCAUCACGCUUCCUCUUCGGCUUCCGCUGCCCCCCAGCCCUCUCUCAGUCCUCCCGGCAACGCUGCGCCCAGUCAGAACACCGGCAAGGUUCUCCACGUGAUGCUGACGAAGACUCACCGCACGGAGGCGCUCGGCAUCAAACUCAUCCGCAAGUCUGAUGAGAGCGGCGUUUUUAUUCUGGACCUUUUACCUGGUGGUUUGGCUGCCAAAGAUGGAAAACUGAAGAACAAUGAUAAAGUGUUGGCCAUCAAUGGACACGACCUGAUGCACGGCACACCUGAGAGCGCUGCACAGAUCAUACAGGGCAGUGAAAAGUGUGUGAACUUUGCGGUCAUGAGGCCAGCGGACACUCAGGAAGAAGCAGGAGGCAGCAGAGAGGGGCAACACAGUCGAGGGCCCAGGAGGGCUCCAGAGCCUCAAUACUUCAAGCGUCAGUCCACCUACCUGAAGGAGCCUCCGAGUGGGUAUUCUUGUCAGGAGAAGACUGUGAGCUUGAAGAAGGAGCCUCGAACUUCUCUGGGCAUCACUAUCGCCGGGGGGAGGGAUUGUCGCAGCCGGCUGCCUGUUUACAUCACGAGCGUGCAGCCUGUUGGCUGUCUGCACCGAGACGGCACCGUCAAGAAAGGCGACGUUCUGCUGAGCAUCAACGGUGUCGAUUUGACCCAGCUGACCUACAACGAAGCCGUUUCUGUGCUGAAGGCUCAGACGGCUCAGGCCCAGGUGGUUUUACGAGUCAUCCAGACCACCUCUGACAGCUCGGAGAAGGACGCCGAGGUCGGAACCGGGGACGAGCUCGACAACAAUGACGAGCAACGAGACGAUGCCCACAGCUGGACGCCCCUGUGGACUCACUGGCUGGGUUUACCGAGCCACAUGCACUGGUGCAGAGACAUCGUCCUACAGAAGAUCAACAAUGAGAGCUGGGGCUUCAGCAUCGUCGGAGGCUAUGAGGAGAGCCACGGGCAGCAGCAGCCUUUCUUCAUUAAAACCAUCGUGCCUGGUACACCCGCUCACUUCGACGGACGCCUCAAAUGCGGCGAUGAGAUCGUGGCGGUGAACGGAGCUACGACUGUGGGAAUGAACAACUCGUCUCUCAUCCCCAUGCUGAAGCUGCAGAAGAAUAAAGUCACGCUGACUGUGGUGUCCUGGCCGGGCAGCCUGGUGUAGCAACUCUCUGCCCCUCUGUAAUAAAUGUCUUCACACAGCGCACACAAGGAGCUCUGUUCAGCUGCAUUCAGGACUGUUCUUUCUACAUUACCCAAGUUUAUCAUAUUCUUCCUCUCUGCGGAGUUCUGAUCUCAUUCAAGGGGCAUAACCUGUUAGGGUCUGGUGCACUCAUAGGGAUUGUAAAAUCAAGGUGCACAGAUGAUCAGACUUGUAUGUUAAAAGCAAACUGGAAGGAUUUUGAUUUUGUUGUUGAUUCUGUUAAAAAUGUUGUAUAUUUACUGGUUCAGCAGAGCAUCAGUAGGCAGUAAAACUUCUGAUUUACAGUGUAAAGAUCUUUAUAUAGACAUUUGAAAUAGACAUUUGAAAUAAGGCAUUAUUGGUGACUACAGACAAUAUUUUCAAACCGAUGCCAAAUCGCUCAACCUUUGGUGUGAUUUUAAUCAAACUGAAAUUAGUGCACUUUAAAAAACGUGAUGCUUUAAUUAAUAUUUCUUAAAUUAGAACAAAACCAACCACCUCAGCCAGUUAUGAAACUAUUAACCAUUUGUUGUAUCUGUGCUGUAAAAACAGAAAACAUGCACAGAUCGUAUUAUUCAGGAAUUAGUAAAAUAAAUUGAGUUUGUGUUUAAUGUUUAAACCCUAAUAACCUGAAAUAAGCUUUCAACCAAGUAUGAUUUUGUUUUUAAUGAAAGUGCUGGUAAUCCUGGGAGACAUUUACCCUUUUAUUUUAUUUUUUUGUCUUUCAACUGUAUUUAUUUGGCUCAUCCUGAAAGACUUUAAAAAGUGGGUGCCUUGUGGAUUUUGACGGAAAAGCUGAAGCAUCUAAUUGCCUUAAAAUCAUCUCUUCCAAAAUGUGUUUUUAUGUGAUGUUUAUUGCCAGUGGCCUUACUUGUAUUUUAACAAAUACAGGACCUAUUAAACGACACAAAAACACUUUGAAAUAGACAUCUACUAAUGUGUAAACGAUCCACCUGCUGUUCAAUAAAAUCAUAUCAAAUCACUUUA